AGCCCGGAGGCUGUCCCGGGUCGGUGGCCGUGCCCCGGUGCGCUCGCAGCACUGGCUGCACCGCUGGGGCCAGCGAGCGAGUGCCCCCGCGGGGCAGCCGCACGUCAUGGUGGACUACUACGAAGCGCUGGGGGUGAGCCGCAAUGCCACCGCUGAGGACAUCAAGAAGGCGUACAGGAAGGCCGCGCUGAAAUGGCACCCAGAUAAAAACCCAGACAACAAGGAGUAUGCUGAGCAGAGGUUCAAGGAGAUCGCCGAGGCGUACGAAGUGCUGUCGGACAAGCAGAAGCGCGAUGUCUACGACCGUUAUGGCAAGGACGGACUCAUGGGGGCAGCUGGACCAGGGGGUUCCAGGGCCGAUGCUGGGGCCCCUGAAUUCACCUUCACCUUCCGCAGCGCUCACGACGUCUUCCGGGAGUUCUUCGGGGGGCGAGACCCCUUCGCCGACUUCUUUGAUGAGAUGCUGCCCUUCUCUGAGCUGCGAGGACAUGGUCCACGGCACCACGGGGGAGGCCACUUCUUUACCCCCUUCCCAGGAUCCUCAGAUUUCUUUGCCUCGUCCUUCGGCUCCGGCUCCGGCGCUGACGCAGGGCUGGGCUUCCGCUCCGUCUCUACCUCCACCACCUUCGUUAACGGCAGGCGCAUCACCACCAAGCGGAUUAUCGAGAACGGGCGGGAGCGGGUGGAAGUGGAGGAGGACGGGGAGCUGAAGUCGAUCCACAUUGAUGGCGUCCCUGAUGACAUGGCACUGGGGCUGGAGCUGAGCCGGCGGGAGCAGCAAGCCUUUCCCAGCCCGCGGCCCCCCUCGCCCCCACCACCCAGUGUGUUCUGA